ACAGUCCAGUCGAUUCCUCAGUACGUCGGAAGGACAUUUCGAGGAACAUUGGACAGCCCGGAGGUUCAAGGGAGGACCUUCAACGCUGCACUGUGCCUCGAAGGCACCGAGCCAAAGGAGAACUAUCCGAGCUGGCACCAUCAGCGUCUCCUCAUCACGUUCAAGACCGGCGGAGCCGCGUUCGACCCCUUCGACGACUCCCCCACCACCGCCGCCGUCCCUUCACCCGCAGACACUCGCGCUCAUGUACGGAGACAGAUUCUCGCCUCCAUCGGCCGCGCCUUCCUCUACCGCAUCCGCACCGCCCUUUUCUCCCUCUUCAUCCUCGACAGUACCUUCCGCUUCCUCCGCUGGGACCGCUCGGGGGUGUUCGUGACGGAGAAAAUGGAUUACGUUAAGGAUCCGACGACACUGAUCAAGCUGCUCACAGGCUUCCUCAUGCUCGACUCCGAAUCCCAAGGCGUCGAUCUCUCGGUCAGGCUCAUCCCCGAGGCCACGGAAGAGUGGGAGGAAAUGAAGCGUGUAGGGACAAACCCCAAUCACUUUGACGUGCCGGAGCUCUCGUACGAGCCAGGGUCGGUUCUCCCGGACGACGUCGCCCGCCAUCCUAAAGUUCCAAUCUCCCCCGAGCAGAAUACUUCACCUCUAGAUGUGCCACCGGAACGUCCUGUGCGCCACACCCAACGCCCAGUACCUGGAAGCUUCAUCUGGGCCCACGCGAAGCUUCUCUUCGCGCGAUCCCUCGACGAGAGCUGGCCGUGGUACGCGAUCGAACUCGACGGAGAGCAAUACUGGGUCGGCCGUCCUCUCUACCAGAUCGACAGCGUUGUCAGCCGCGGCACACGGGGUUAUGUCGCGUACAACCCGAAGACGAGGCGGUUUUGCUUUCUGAAGGACACCUGGCGGUGGUUUCACGAAGACCGAAUGGAAGAAGGUGCCGUGCUCAGGACUCUCAACCAGGCGCGAGUUCGACACGUCCCCACGCUCGUCGCUCACGGAUAUCCAGGAACCUUUCCUCACACGACCCGCGUCGCUGACCACUUGCUGAGCUACUGCACAUUGGACGAGGGCGUCGCUAUUGACGGACGUCCGCCGAAGCGUCGGGCCCCCCGCGACGACAACAAAGUUCAGUUUAUCCACCGCCAUGCUCACUACCGCAUCGUGGUAGAGGAGGUAUGUUUGCCACUGGACGUCUUCCGCAGCAGUCGGCAGUUGUUGUCGAUCAUCCGCGACAGCAUGGAAGCCGAAUCCGACGCCAUAGCGUACUGCAAACUGAUCCACGGCGACAUCAGCAGUGGCAAUAUCUUGAUCUGCCCAGGUCUCGACUUGUCCCAGGAUGGGCAUCUACGUGUUGACUGGUUCGGGAUGCUGAAUGACUGGGAGCUGGCGAGAUACGUUUCGAAUACGGCCUCACCUCAGCGCACGGAAAGGAUGGGCACGUUCAAGUACAUGUCUUUGGCGACCCUGAGCGACCCGAAGCAUGUCGUCACCGUCGCGGACGAGAUCGAGUCCCACGCGAACGUUCUGUUGUACAAUGGCGUCAAAUACCUGCCGCAUAACGUGUCCACCGAGUCCUUCCUGAAGGACUACUUUGGCCUCGACUGGUCGACACCCGAGACUGGCGAUCUGGCGAGCAACACGCGGUGGAGGAUCGCAAAGCUCGGGGAACUGCUGUUCGGAGAGACGCUUCUCUUGUUCGGCAAGGACGGCUCUUCAAAUCUCCCACUCAACACCGCGAUAGGGCUCGCGUUCAAGUGGAUCGGCGCGCGCGCUCGCAUCCGAGACUACGAAAACAAGAAGUCGAAGUCGCUCGCCCAACCCCGCGACAUCCCCGCUCCUUCCCAGCGACUCCGCCUCGAC